CUGAUUGGUCCUCAGUAGUUUCCGGUUGGGCUACCGCUCGCGAGCUGUGAAAACAGAGAAGGGGACUUUAUAUCAGUGACAGUUUCGAGAAGGCCGUACACUUUCUAAAAAAGCGAGACGACAAGGACCUCGGGCACAGCAAGCCAUGGCGUGUGGGAGCGGUGAUGGUGACCGCAGCCUGCGCGAGUGUGAGCAGUACGUGCAGCGGCACGGUAUCCAGCAGCUGCUGAAGGACUGCAUCGUGCAGCUGUGUGCCUCCCGCCCCGAGAGGCCUGUGGCCUUCCUGCGCGACUACUUCCAGAAGCUGGAGAAGGAGGAGGCCAGGCAGAUCGCCGGACAGCAGAAGGCAAACUCUCGCUCGGAUUCGCGGGACGAUGAGAUUUCCCCGCCCGUGAACCCUGGGGUGAAAGCUCGGCGGGGGGCCAUCAGCGCCGAGGUCUACACCGAGGAGGACGCCACGUCCUACGUGCGGAAGGUCAUUCCAAAGGACUACAAAAGCAUGGCAGCUCUGGCCAAGGCCAUCCAGAAGAACGUGCUGUUCUCACAUCUGGAUGACAACGAGAGAAGUGAUAUAUUUGAUGCCAUGUUUUCGGUCACCUACAUCGCCGGGGAGACCGUCAUAAAACAAGGUGAUGAGGGCGAUAACUUCUACGUCAUUGACCAGGGAGAAAUGGAUGUCUAUGUCAACGGCGAAUGGGUGACCAGCAUCGGAGAGGGGGGCAGCUUCGGAGAGCUGGCGCUGAUCUACGGCACCCCCAGGGCGGCCACGGUGCGAGCCAAAACGGACGUGAAGCUGUGGGGGAUCGACAGGGACAGUUACCGGAGGAUCCUCAUGGGAAGCACUUUAAGGAAAAGGAAGAUGUAUGAAGAAUUCCUUAGCAAGGUGUCAAUUUUAGAGUCCCUGGAUAAGUGGGAGCGUUUGACGGUGGCCGAUGCCUUGGAGACAGUGCAGUUCGAGGACGGACAGGAGAUUGUAGUCCAGGGAGAACCUGGGGAUGAAUUCUUCAUCAUCCUGGAGGGCCUUGCAGCUGUACUGCAGCGUAGAUCAGAGAACGAGGAGUUCAUAGAAGUAGGAAAACUGGGACCCUCUGAUUACUUUGGUGAGAUCGCCCUCCUGAUGAACCGACCCCGUGCCGCCACUGUAGUGUCCCGCGGGCCGCUGAAGUGCGUGAAGCUGGACCGGCCGCGGUUCGAGCGUGUGCUGGGGCCGUGCUCGGACAUCCUGAAGCGGAACAUCCAGCAGUACAACAGCUUCGUGUCGCUGUCUGUGUGACGCGACUGUCGCCCUUUAACGCGUUUUUAUAAUCUCUCGCCAGACCCUUUUCCCCACACCCAGCUGUCAAGCCGCAUCACUGUGUUAUAUCUGCUGGUCCGAAUUGUACUUAAUUGUUUUGUUUUGUUUAUUUUGCAAUGUUUUAUAUUAUAUAAGCUUCACACUCUUUACACAGGGACCACAGUUUCAAGUGCUCUUUAUUACAAUUUCACAAAAAUAUUUUAAAUUCCUAUUUCUGUACAGCAGUUAUGCUCCUCUAGGUACAGAGAGAGAGAGUAUUUUUAAUGUCCGUUCUCGAAGGCUGAAGUGCCCUUUGAGUAAUCUGGAUUCUUUUGUAGUUUUAUGAUCCGUUGAAUGAGAUCUGGUUGCUUGACACAAAUGGCCAUUUCAGGUGAUGGUUUUUAGGUACUGCUGUCAUUCCUGUGCUAUGGGACCAUAGUGAGUUUGUUUUGCUUCAUUCCUGAUUGGAGGUAAGAACAUCGCAGGCUUCCGUUAUUCCUCCUCUGUCACACUUCUUUUCUAGAACAUUCCUCCUUUUUGUUCACCCGUCAUGUUUGUUUGCACAGCCACGGGGGGGGGUUGUAGAGUUGCGUGUGCAUUUGUUGCACCGCUUGUGCCAAAUAUUCCCUCGUAUCUAUGAAUACGAGUCCCACCUCCCAGCAUGAUUAAUGCUGUAAGCUGAUAGGCUUGUUGGUAACGUCUAGGCUGUUGAUACCAGCAAUAUACGCUUGAUUCUCUAAAAGAAUGGUUUUCUUUCGAGGGAGAAAAUAGGCCCUAGAGUUGCGGAGCGACCAAGGCUGCAGAAGACUGUCAGAGUGACACAGGGCAGGGUGCGUGCCAGUUUGACGCACUGCACACACCAUACACCCAGUCUUCCCUCUCUGUAGACCCUAAACACAAUGCUAGUUUCAUAAAGGAACAGGCAACUGAUGAGGGAAGCAUCUGAAUUGCAUCGUGUCAGAAUGGCAACAGGCUUUUGCCGGUAUCUACCAGCCCGUGCUGCCUGCCUGCAUGCAGAACCACAGCUGGGCUCCGGGCCACCUCUGUGUGGCACCUCCUCCCCGCUGCUCCUCUCUCCCACUCCUCCAAGGCCUUCAAAGCAUUUUCACACAAGGCAAAGUCGAGUGCAGGGGUCCUCAUUGAGUCUUAAUAUGCGUUGGUCUCAUGUUUCUCUGUGCACGCUGGAUGAAAGGCGCUAUAAACUGUUCACAGCUGCCUCUGUAGGACUCGAUAGAGGAGAGCGAGGGAGGGCAUUGCGUACGAGGUUGCUAAACAACUGCCUCCAUAUAAGGAUGAAACCUAUAGAAUCUAAUCUUGUAUAAAAAAAAAACCCAUUUCUAUAUAUUUUAAAUGUCUAUGUCAGUCUGGCUGUAGGUAUAAUUUUACUCAAUAGAUCACCAGGAAAAUUGAGACUAGCCUAGUCUCAAGGAUACAGGAUAACUGAGCUUUGAAUGCUGGAAGUUUGUCAACAUUCAGGGUGACGGUUCUGUCCUGUCCGCUUUGAUGGAUACAUCUGUUCACACGUCUGGGUAUUCAUUUCUUUUAUUAUUUUUUUUUAAUCAAAGUGUUGCAUAUUUUCUCACAAGCAGCUGACGAAAAAAAUAAAGCCGUAUUUAAGCAAAA